GUUGCGUAUGUGACCGGCAUUCAGUGUCGGCCCGCGUAGGAGGACACCGCAGAGAACUAUUUAUUUAUUUAUUCUAGUUUAUUUUAAAUUUAUCGAAGCUGAGUUAUGCUGGGUCUGUGCCUUUACGUUCCCGUGUCCAACUCGGACCCAGUGGAAGUGGAAUAUUUUGAAUCUAACGGACUACCGUCGGAGCUGAAGUCGCUGUUCAACAAACUCAGCGUGUUCCUGCCCUCCCAGGAGUUCUCUACCUACCAAAAGUGGAGAAAGAAAACUCUAAAAAGUGAAGAAAAAGAUGCAGAUGGGCAGCUGGACUUUGAGGAGUUCGUUCACUACCUGCAGGACUACGAGAAAGACAUGAAGCUGGUGGUGAAGAGUCUCGACAGGAAGAACGCCGGCCACAUCGACGCCAAAGAGUUGAUGCAGUCGCUUCGUGACCUUGGCGUCCAUAUUUCCCUGCAGCAUGCAGAGACUGUCUUGAAGAGUAUGGAUAAGAAUGGGAUGAUAACGAUUGGCAGCAAAGACUGGAGUAAAUACCCAAUGGUGGAGAAAAUUGACAACAUUCCUGAGAUCAUCCUUUACUGGAAACACUCCACGAUAUUUGAUGUGGGUGAGAACCUGAUGGUGCCUGACGAGUUCACCAUGGAGGAGAAGCAGACUGGGAUGUGGUGGAGGCACCUGGUCGCAGGUGGAGGAGCCGGAGCCGUUUCCAGAACCUGCACCGCCCCGCUGGACCGUCUCAAAGUCAUGAUGCAGGUUUACGGAUCUCGAACCAACAACAUGUGCAUCAUGAGCGGGCUCAUGCAGAUGAUCAAGGAGGGCGGCACCAGGUCGCUGUGGCGGGGGAACGGGGUGAACGUCAUCAAAAUCGCUCCUGAAUCGGCCCUGAAGUUCAUGGCCUAUGAGCAGAUUAAGCGUCUUAUCGGCAGCGACAAGGAGACUCUGAGCAUCCUGGAGAGAUUUGUGGCAGGUUCUUUAGCCGGAGUAAUUGCCCAGAGCACCAUCUACCCCAUGGAGGUUCUGAAAACCCGUCUUGCUCUGAGGACAACCGGCCAGUAUUCCGGGAUCUCGGACUGCGCCAAGCAGAUUUUCAAGAAAGAAGGUCUCGGGGCGUUUUAUAAGGGUUACAUCCCGAACAUGCUGGGCAUCAUCCCGUACGCCGGCAUCGAUCUGGCCGUGUAUGAGACACUGAAGAACAACUACCUACAGCAGUACGGCGCCAACAGCACGGACCCCGGCGUUCUGGUUCUGCUGGCCUGCGGCACGGUGUCCAGCACCUGCGGUCAGCUGGCCAGCUACCCUCUGGCGCUGGUCCGAACCCGCAUGCAGGCACAAGCUGUGACGGAGGGUAACCACCAGCAGGUGUCCAUGACGGGCGUCUUCAGGCAGAUCCUGCAGAAUGAAGGCCCCGCCGGGCUCUACAGAGGCCUGGCCCCCAACUUCCUGAAGGUCAUCCCAGCCGUCAGCAUCAGCUACGUCGUCUACGAACACCUCAAGACUCAGCUGGGGGUGACGUCGCGCUGAGCCGCCGAGCCGCCCGGCGUUGGGAGUCUCAUUCUGUGAAUGUCAGCUGACGUCAGGCUGAGGAAGAGGGAGGAGAUUAUGGACUCUGUGAGCUCAGGAUGUUGGGAUUACGACCGCUGCUAUUUAUGUUUUUAAAUGUUAAAAUCGAGGACCAAAUGUUUGGGUCUUUGUGUGUCAGUGUAACCAGCACUCUGUAAGCUACUGACUGUAGCAUUAAGACGCUCUGUAGCCGUUAUCAGUUCUGCCUCUUCGUCCUAAAGAGGGAACAUCUUUGCACAAACCUCGUCCUAUUUAGUUGAGUGGCUAUUUAUUUCCACCCCUCCUGUAUUUAUUUAUUCUCUCUAGAUGAAGGGAAUAAGCCAAUAGUGCUAUUAUAAUUCAUGGUGUAGGAUGAUCGCCUUAACAUCCGCAAAACACUAACUGUAGUCAUGUGAAGUUUUAUUUUUGUAUUUAAAAACUGGAAGUCGGCACAUGUUCUGUGCCUUUCGAAGGAGUGUUGUCUCUAAUGUUCACCUCAGGUUUAAGGGAAAUGUAUUAUGAGCACAUGUUUGUUCAAAAGCAGGAGCUUUGUGGGGAAAAUAUGAAGCAUUUUGCACUUUAAUCAAUGUUAGAAGGGCCUAUAAAUGACUUAUCAAUGCAGGAUGAGAGUAAUUUCAGAAUAAAGAUGUUUUAGUAUUGUUUUAAUGGACCAUUUUGAUCCAAAUAAAAGCAUAAUUACAUUAA